UGUUACUUUCCAACACAGUUCCGCCCUUAAGAAAUGGUGACACUAGCACAUAAGAGUAGCAUGCGGGUAGCCCGCAAAGGGGGCAAGGUAGAUGUUUCGACCAAGCUGUUUAGCUUUGUGACAAACGUUGCCGUCCUGGCGCUUUGGAAGGUCCUAUGGGCACUCAGUCUACCUAUCGGCAAGCUAAUUGCGCUGAACCUAUGGCUCGGCAAGAGCCUCCUGACAAUCGCUAUACACUUUGAGCACCAAGUGCUCAAGGCGAUAGGCUGGCUGUCGUCGCCGGCUCUACCACCACAUGCGAAACUAGCUCGGGUCUACAAAAGGAAUAUGGGGGCUGACGUCAAGAACUGGCACUUGGGCCUUGCGACGAUUGUGGCAGUCGGCGUUGUGACCAGCGCGGCAAAGCGAUGGCAGGAGCGCAUGGACGCCCGCCACAGGCACCGCGCCAGCCUAAGGCGCCUAUUGGCCGCAGCCAGCAGCUACGAGCAGUGGCGCGAGGUAGCUGAGCAACUAUAUGCCCUCGAAGAGGUGGACAUGCCGGCCGCGGACGUCUCAACACGGCGUGCAGCACGUCUUUAUGACCGGAACCUGCUGCUGGAGAAGACCAACCAUCUUCGCAGCAUUCGAUCAACGGGGAAUGUAAAGGAGAUUAUGUUGGCGCUGCGCACGGACCUUAUUCGCAACAUAGCGAACAUCGCCAAAAGCCAACUUCACGAGCAUUUCGUGGUAAUCCCGGACGACAUCAGCCGGUAUCUGGCCGAAAUGAAGGAGCAGCUGAUGCAGCUUGUAGAGUGGCCCGAGGACGAGCUGCCCGCGGAGGAGAAGCUGGCGUUCUUUCGCGAGACGCGGCACACGUUUGGCCGCACCGCGCUGCUGCUGUCGGGCGGCGGCGGGCUGGGCACCUUCCACAUCGGGGUGGUCAAGUCGCUGUUCGAGCAGCGGCUGCUGCCGCGGGUGCUGGCGGGCAGCAGCGUGGGGUCCAUCGUAUGCGGCAUCAUCUCCACCAAGACCGACAGCGAGCUGCGCGACCUGUUUUCCCGGCUGGACGAGUUCGACGUGGGCUUCUUCUCCAACAGCCGCGCGGUGGAGCUGGUGCAGCACCUCAUCAACAAGGGCAGCCUGCAGGACAUGUCGUACAUGAUCAAGAAGCUGAGGAGUCUGAUUGGGGACGCGACGUUCCUGGAGGCGUACGAGCGCACCGGCCGCAUCCUGAACGUGACGGUGUGCCCCGCCGACACCAACGAGCCGCCGCGCCUGCUGAACUACCUCACCGCGCCCAACGCGCUCAUCUGGUCGGCGGUGGCAGCCUCCUCCGCCUUCCCCGGCCUCUAUCCCGCGCAGCACAUCCUGGCGCGCAACAGCCGGGGGGAGAUCAUCAGGUUCUCCGCGCAGUCCACCAACGACUCGCUGGAGCGGCGCUGGCGGGACGGGUCGCUGGAGCUGGACCUGCCGGUGCAGGCCCUGGGUGAGAUGUUCAACUGCAACCACUUCCUGGUGUCCCAGACCAACCCGCACAUCGUGCCGCUGCUGAACCUGAAGAAGGCCUUCAGCCGCAAGUGGGCCAACGUGCUGGAGGCGGAGCUGAAGCACCGCUGCCAGGUGGCGCAGUGGCUGCUGCCGGACUGGGUGCCAUCCAAGUGGCUCAUGCUGUUCACGCAGGCGUGGGAGGGCGACAUCACGAUGACGCUGCCCUCGGCGCUGUGGCACAUCGGCAAGACCAUUGUCAACCCCACCACGGAGGAGCUCAUCCGCAGCGUCAAGGUUGGCGAGGUGGCCACCUGGGAGAAGCUGGCCGCCAUCGAGUGCAACUGCACCAUCGAGGCGACCCUGGACAAGUGCCUGGCGCACAUCACCAACCAGAUCCGCGGCUACCGCCUGCAGCGCAUGCACAACCGCAUCCCCUCCUGGCUGCACAUGUCGGCGGUGGGGCUGCCGGCUGUGGCAUCAUGGGGCGAUGGCGAGUUUGCAAACGCCUCUGGCGCCCCGCGCACUACCUCCUGGGGGACACCGCCUACUUUUGCCGACGCCGCCGCCAUUGGCGGCGACGGCGGCAGCGCCGCCGCCAUUGACGCCGCGCUGCCGCCGCUGCCAGUGCCACCGCCGUCGCCGGGGGCAGCGGCGGCGGCGCUUCGCCGCAUGACUCCCUCCACUCACCCCCUGGCGGUGGCGUCCUCCAUGACGUCAUCCACCCUGGCGCUGCUCAACAUGGGCGGGGGAGCGCCGCCGUCGCCAGUGCGUGGCGCCGCCGCCCCCGGCGGCGGCAGCCCCGUGCGCGGUCGCGGCAGCGCUUCGUCGUACAACCUGGGCGGGCUAGGCACCAUUGCCGAGCGGCCGCCGUCGCGGCCCCGCCACAGCGAGGGGGGUGGCAUGACCCCAUUGGGGUUUACAUCCGGCGUGGGGCUGGGUUUGAACGGCAUUGCGGCGCCGUCGACGGCCGCGGCUGCGACGGCUGGGCUGUCCAGCAUGGGGCCUGUGGCUGGCUACCCCUUGGCGACUCUUGACGGCGUCGUCAGCCUCGGCGGCGGCGGCUUGGCGCGCAUGGGGUCCCCUCGGCGGUACGGCAUGAUGGGCGGCGGCAUUGCAGGCGGCGUACCCGCCGCCACGGUCGCUGGCGGCAUUGGCGGGGCCAGCAUUCCACCGACGCUACCGACAUGGGUGGACGCGGCGUCGGAAUGCGAGGACAGCGCCUCGGACGCUGCCGCCGCCGCCGGCAGCGGCGCUGCCAGCAGCACCGCUACCGGUACGGCAGGCAGCGGCGCCGACGGCAACAGCAGCCGCAGCCGCAUCAGCCAGGAGCUUUUGGAACUGGCGUACUGCGACUGUACGGAUAGCUCUGCAUGUGACCUUUGGUCGGCGCUGCUGCCGCUGGCACGUCAGAGCUUAAGCUUGGGAGAGACCCCGCCGUUCCCCAACCACCACCACAACAACAACGGCCAUCAGGGCAACCAACACCAACGGCCGACAACAGCCAGGCGCGGCGCGCAGCCGGCGGCCGACGGAGACUCUCUCGACGUUUUUGCCUACUGAGGGGGGAACACUGAGUGGGGUGAGGGCGCCGGGUGCGUUUGUUAGUAAUGCAGAAGAGCGGAUGAGGCACGGGGGAUGUAGUGGGUCUCGCUGUGCGUUUGCGUUUGGUUUGGGUUUGCCCGCUGGGCAGCAUUGGCCGGGCAGAAAGCACGAAAGCGGAAGACGGGUAGGGGGGUGAAAGGACGUGUCCGUGCGUUUAGCGCUGCGUUUGGCUGUGAAGUGACUGUGUGUGCCUUGUUUGCUUUCUGAAACCAGUAAUGGAGCGGAAGCGGAGAAAGGCGUACGUUUUGACAUCUUCCUCUCCGCCAACUCAUGGUUCACCUGGCUCCUUGCGCGGCGUCUUUGACUGUACAAUUUUGUUCCCCUAAACAAAAUUGCCACCAUUCAUAGAUGAUCUCCGCACGGCUGGUAGAUUCCUGUAGGUGCCGAUGACGGGAGGUUUUGGUGUGUUAAGAAAACUGGUGUGUCUUUUGCCUUUUGGUGUGUCUGGGCAGACGUCCAUGGAGCUUGACGUGCAGUUGGGGAUGUGGCGCUGGGCUCUACUGGCCUUAUUCAUCAUUUCGAUCCAGGCAACAGCCAUUCCAACAGGCAUGCGAGCCCCAUCGGCUCUGCCGAUGAGGCCGACGGGCGGGAUAUGGCUGCUGAGCUGCGGAUUGGAUGCCAUCAUAAUGCCGAAUCCUCGUCACGUGGCUGCGUGCGAGUUUUGGGAGAGGAGAGACUAGAGGCGGGGGCUGGAGUUGGGUGGGCUGGCGUGCGGCCCGUUGUGCGCGUGUGCAUGCACCUUUGGAAUUGUUCGUAAGGGGAAAGUUAAGCUGCUGGCAGGAUAUGGGCGCAUAUCUUGUCCCUCUUCGUUGGGCUAACCAAGGUAGUGUAUCCCGUGUGGGUUUUCCCCGGGUUGGUGCUCUAUGGGUGAUGUGGUAUGGGUGUAGCCUUGUCGGGCGGCGGCGACUUGUCCUUGAUGUACAAUUCAGCUGAUUUUCUUUGACGGAUGUCGCACGAUUAGGCAACACCCGGGCCUUGAACACGUUCAUCCAGCGAGUGUUAAGAAUCUACAGUAGAGAUGGACGAAACUUAAUGUGCGUUUUGUUAUACACGUCGUUUGUUUAAUACCAGGAUUGUAUAGCGGUUUGCAGCUGCUUGGUCGGCUGACCCGUGGGUCACAGGAGGGCCCUUCCCGUCUUAGUGCGUGGAUUGAUCGUAACCUUUUGCCUCUUUUGCCUUUUCGUAUAUCCAAAUGCCUCGCCCAUUCGUUACUACAGUUCGUAGCCCUGCGGCUGUUUACUCGGUCAUGCUGGUAAGACGAUUGUCGUGGGAUUGCAGUACGUAAGGCACAUCUCACGGUUUCCAAUCAACAUAAGUUGAACAGUAGUAGAUUUAGGUACCGAUAUUGUUGCUGUAGUAUGGACGUCCAGUUGGCUUUUGGUAAGCCAACGCGUGUAUUGUGAAUGUGACUGAUAUCUUCGACGUAGCGUGUGGACCGCACGUGUGCUGCUCAAGUAGAGGUUCUGGAGUUGAUACUGGUGUGCUUCUUCGAUCAGUUUGUUGCGCACUGACUAAUACAGUUACUGCAUCCCCCUUGUUGGCUUGUAGGGCUGGGGUAUGAUGCCGUGUCGUUGGCCGGGGCCAAGGCUGUUCCAUGAUUGCCUUUCUUUAACUUGAGCCCCCAGCCUAGAAUCGUUGUGGACGCGGGGCCGCAUGCCAUUUAUGCGGUCUUGCAUUUUUUCGCUGUGUGCACCGAUUAGAGCUCUGGUUGGUAAAGCGAUAAACGAGGAGGUCUAUUCUCAUGGUAGAUCUCAAGUGCGUAUGCGUCCGCCGUACCAUACGAUGGAGCUCAAGACGACGCUGUUGAGAGGGGCUGCACGUGAAACACGGUGGCACUGUUGGCUGCAAUUUUGCCAUUCCUUCAGAGAGUGCUGUGCUCAUUGCAUAAGUGACGGUAGCUUGUUCCUGGUUACUAAGUUUCUUUUACUGCAUGCGCGUAGCAGCGUUUGCGGGUGUUCCAAGGCGGUCAUUUCAAGGAGUGAAGUGGACGAGUGCAAAGGGGUUAUGGAACCAGGUGUGGCGCUUUCCAUUAUGCCAUAGUCGCAGGGUCCCAGUUACAGGUAUCUCCAUGCAUGGUUGCAGUGUGUAUUGCAAGGCGCGCGUUGG